GGGGGGUUGAGACCAAAAAAAAAAAAAAAAAAAAAAAAAAAAGAAAAAAAGAGGCGGGCGUUCUGGCUCACCAACCUCAAUCUUGUGUGAUUAUGUUUAUUUAUGUGUUUGAGUACAAUACAGAGGAGGAUGCUGUGCUUCAGCGGCGUCGAUCUAUUUGAUUUUACCGCCCUUCCGUCGGUUGCUUUUUCGGUCGCGGCCUGUUCCCUUUGAUCGCUUUUCCUCCCGCUACCAAGCAGGAUUGCAGGCGAACCGACGAGCGGCGCAACUCUCGUUCGCCCUACAAACUCAAAAUUUGACCUGUUGGAAAAGCUUACAUACUUUGGUUGGCGCGACUCCGUUUCUCGGGGGGAAGCUGAAAAAGAAAAGCAACUCCGCAUGUUGACCCGCAUGGUAAGUAAUCUAACCUGUGUAGUUAUCGAAUUGCCGAUUCACCACGGGCUGAGGAUAAACGUCUCCCUGCGUUUGAAAAGCCGCAUGCCCGGAUUUCCCACCGCUUCCUCAGCCCGCAGGGCAUUGCGCAGCGCUGUCAACCACCGUUCCUCCUCUCCAACGCCGCGAUAACCGCCCGUCCGUGCCUUCUCCUGCCAACGGCGCCCUUCGCCGCCCGACAAACAACCGGGCAUCUCCAGACGCGGCCCUGCACAUGCGACUGCGCCGCCGCCGCCCGAUCCUAGGCUGUAUUGGCUGACCACCAGCUCGGAACACACACACACACAGACACACCAAUACCCACCCACACACAUAUACACAGGCACCCGGACACCAUCGCUUGUUCGGACCUGGGUCAUGAGAAUAAACAUUCUUCACCAGUUCGUCCUUUGGUGAUUGAUAACCCCGUGGGCUGGGGCCUGUAUUUUGUCAACACUUGAAAGGGGCGAUACAGUGAAGAGCACAGCUUCCAAUGCCUCGUCGUGCCGCUGAAGGAGGCGGCAAAGCCGUGCAGCGAGCCAGCAGCCGAGGCGACAGUGCGUUCCAGGUUAUCAUACUGGGCUCUUCAGGCGGACCAUGCGAAGAUGAUGUCACGGGCCUUCUCGUCCGGUCAACGGCCACGAACUGGAGCAAAAACUCCGUCGUAGCUGUUGACGCUGGAAUACUGAUGUCUGGGAUUGGACGAAUCCUCGAGCGUUAUACGACCAUUGAACGAGACGAGAAGACGAAAAUUGAGAGGCCAACGAUCUCGGGCGGGCCUUUUGUCGGCCUUGAUAUUCCAAACCUGACUGCGCGAGCAAAUGCUGCUUAUAUAUUUCGUGAGAUUAUUGCGUCUAUCCUUGUCACCCAUCCUCAUCUUGACCAUGUUUCUGGUUUGGCCAUGAACACACCCGCUGUUGAGUUUCAGUCUGGGCCUAAAACUGUAACCGCGCUCCCUUCGGCUAUUGCGGCACUCAAGAAUCACGUCUUUAACGAUAUCACAUGGCCAAAUCUCUCUGAUGAAGAUGGAGGUGCCGGCAUGAUAACAUACCAGCGAUUGGUCGAUGGCGGAAACAUGCGACUGGGGCGUGGAGAGGGAAAAGGCUAUGUCAAGGUCUGCGAAGGUCUGGUUACAAAGUGUAUGGCCGUCAGCCAUGGAUCAUGCAAACAACGGUACAACCCGGAGACCGGAAAACACCAUCGAGCAGAGAGCGCAGUCUUCACGACCGAGUCGGUGCUGCUUCCAUCUCGUCGAGUAUCAAUAGAUGCAUCGGAACUUAGGACAUUCUCUCCGGCGCAUUAUGGUAAUUCUGGGAAAGAUGCAGCCUUGGCGACGGUGGAGAGCUCUGCAUUUUUCAUCAGGGACCAAUUGACGGGAGCUGAGGUCAUCAUUUUCGGUGAUGUUGAGCCAGAUUCGAUUUCUUUGGAACCUCGAAAUGCCGGGGUAUGGGAGGCUGCCGCUCCAAAGAUCGCUUCUGGCUCGCUCCGCGCAAUCUUUAUCGAAUGCUCUUACUCUGAUUCAGUUGAAGACGGCUCGUUGUAUGGACAUCUGUGUCCCCGUCAUCUCAUCCUGGAACUAUCAGCGUUGGCCAGCAAAGUGCUAGGUUGCCAGAAGCGGCGAAAGGAGUCCUCCGAAUCUAGAAAACGCAAAAGGCGAGAAUCCGCCCCGGGCCUGCCUUCUGAAUUAACGGAGCAACCGCUAAGUCCAAAAUCAUUACGCCCUCGUAAACCGUCCAAGAGUGAAGCAGAGAUCGCUACAUCUAGACCAGCAAAACAAGAUGAGACCAAAGUUCAAGCUCAGCCAGCAUCUUUGGAACCCGAAAGUGAGCGGAUAAGCAUUGAGCAACCGAGUCCAGUGGACCAGGUGCCACCAUUACAUGGCCUUCGGAUCUAUAUCAUUCAUGUUAAGGAGUCCUUGAUGGAUGGUGCCAGCCCCAGGGAGCAGAUACUGGCAGAGUUGAGAGAAAGAGCCGAAGAAGCCUGGUUAGGAUGUGAAUUUUACGCUCCAUCAUCUGGAGAUGGUGUGUUCAUUUAGAUAGGGCUUAUUCUUUUUCUUUUUUUUUUUUUUCCCUUGCUUGCCGUGUGUGUGACCCUGAUGUCAUGGAGUCUUGGAGUUUCCCUUUUUAUGAUCCAUGAUGCAGUUACGAUUUGGUUUUUGUAUGGGAAAUUUGGCAUUCAUUAUUCCUUUGUGUUGGAGGAUGGGGUUUAUUCUACUAAGGUGCCAGAAGAUGCUCUUAACUAGAUGCCUUUUGCGGGCUACAGCCACCACUUUCACCAUUGUUGCUGCCACUGCGACCCCUGUUGCUUGAUGUACUGAGGGACAUACUGUGGUUGCCUGCC